AUGACUGGUCAGCCGACGGAUAAACCGGGUGUCGUUCUCCCGUUUGAUGAGUUCAUAACCAAUAACAAUACCCUAAUCACAUCACGUUCAAAACUCACGGGAUCGGACGUGUUAAAACGGCAAAAUCAAUCGCCCGGACUGACACCCACUCGUGUCGCUCUGUACCGACAGCUUAAUGUGUGGCUGAUUCUCAGCCUGGUGCUUGUUGGAUCAACAGUACUGUUCUCGCUGGCUUUUCUUGUCUAUCGUUGUCGUCUCAAUCAUUCCGCCGCGCUGGGACCCAACGCGAAAUCGAUUAUGCAUCCAACAGCAGCUAGCACGACCGCACGGAGUGAACACAGAUUGGACGGCAGUACUGAUAAUGAGACUACUCGAAUGUUUUGUGAAAGUUCCAAUCCACCCGGUCAACAGAGAUACCCCAUCAACGCCCUAGGUUUGGACAGACAAAACUCUACACCGUACAAGCCAGCAUCGGUUAUACAGUGUCCUAUAAGCCGAUACCCAUGUUCUCCCGACGCCCAAUGUUAUCCCAUACCGGGACUCGGUCCAGGGGUUGAAGACACCCCUGUGUAA